AUGGCCUUCCUAUUCAAAUCAAAAAAGCAUCCAGAGAGGUCGCAGCCUGCAAGUCGCGACGCAGGAUCUGGUUCUCAAGGGUCGAUCCAAAGUGUCAGCGCCCGUACUGCUGAGAAGAACUCUCUACAACAUCGCGCAACUCCAACUGGGAGCUUGAACUCAAUCGACAAUGAAGGCAGUAACGGUAGUCCCGAUCAUAGCCAUGGCCAUGGCCAUGGACAUGGACGCCGUGGUGGGAGUGCUGACCAACCAAUCCAACAAACAAGCGAUACAUCAGUACGAAAUGGCACCCCCAUCAACGGUCCCAAUGCAUCUCUAUAUCCCUGGUCACAACGCCGAUUGACAUAUACUUCGACGCACCCGUCUCCCUUCCCUCGAUAUGGCGCUGCAGUGAACUCCGUGUCGUCUAAAGAAGGAGACGUGUACCUCAUGGGUGGUCUGAUCAACGGGUCAACAGUCAAGGGCGAUCUCUGGAUGAUCGAGGCUGGGGGUAACAUGGCGUGCUAUCCGUUGGCAACCACGGCUGAAGGACCUGGCCCAAGAGUUGGACAUUCGAGUCUGCUUGUCGGCAAUGCAUUCAUCGUAUACGGAGGCGACACUAAGAUUGACGAGGCUGACGUGCUUGACGAGACACUCUAUCUUCUAAACACCUCGACAAGACAAUGGUCCCGCGCUCUACCAGCUGGGCCGCGACCUUCAGGUCGCUAUGGCCACUCACUCAACAUCUUGGGCUCUAAAAUCUACGUCUUCGGCGGCCAAGUUGAGGGGUUGUUUAUGAAUGAUCUUUCGGCAUUCGAUCUCAACCAGCUUCAGAUGCCAAAUAAUCGCUGGGAAAUCUUGGUCCAGGGCGAGACAAGCCCCAAGAUGCCCGCGGCCCGUACCAAUCACACUAUGAUCACAUUUAACGACAAGAUGUAUCUCUUUGGCGGUACGAACGGCUUCCAAUGGUUCAACGAUGUUUGGUGUUACGAUCCAGCUCUCAACAAGUGGUCUCAAUUUGACUGCAUUGGCUAUAUCCCAGCGCCACGCGAGGGGCACGCUGCUGCUCUUGUAGACGAUGUGAUGUACGUCUUCGGAGGACGAACAGAAGAAGGGACAGAUCUUGGCGACCUCGCAGCUUUCAGGAUAUCAUCGAGACGGUGGUACACAUUUCAGAACAUGGGCCCUUCCCCAUCUCCCCGUUCUGGACAUAGUAUGACAACCGUUGGCAAAUCGAUUGUGGUCCUUGGCGGAGAGCCAAGUUCAGCAACUACAUCUGUCAGCGAUUUGGGCCUUCUCUAUGUUUUGGAUACCUCAAAGAUCCGAUAUCCGAGCGAUGCGCAGCAGCCGGCUCAGCAACGAGCUCAAGGUUCACGUAGACCAAGUGCGAGCGAAGGCAGCCGGCCACAUCCUGCACGAGAUGGAUCGAACGGGCCAACGGAUUCAAGGAAGUUGAUCGCAGGAGGUGCUUCUGUUCCAGCUAAUGGGCAACGAUCACCGCCCAACAACGGCGACGCAGAAACCCCCCAGGCUGCAACCGCCGGCACAAAACUUCCCAGAGCUUCAGCCAUGCCUCCGUCUGGCCCUCCCCCUCAGGGGCCGAUGCCUGCUAGGCCUACGGUUGAUGUGUCUGCAGUUGCACGAGUCAGAGGACAGUCUGCCGAACGCAGUGGAGCCUCGGGCUCUCCAAGGACAAUGCACUCCGGGUCGCCUAUUACACGAGAGGUGAUCAAUGAAACAGAAAGCCCCAUAUCGAACGGUCGACGAACGCCAGUCCAGCAAAAUGCGCGCGCUGGCUCAAGGCAAGAUCAAGUGAAUGGAGACCCAUCCAAGGCGAAGGCAGCUCAACAAACCCGCCCUCAAGGAGCAGGUGAUGCCCCUCCAGAUGUUGCUCUUAAGCCGGCAAUGACACCCCGCCCAGCAUCGCCGCCAGUCCCCAUGAGACAACCAAGCAAUCCCCUUUCUAGGCGGUCUUCUGGUAGAAACUCGCAAACAGUUGUUCUUCUUAAGGAACUGGACUCGGCUCGAAACAGGAACGCAUGGUAUGCCUCAGAAUUGGAGCUCGCGCGCAAGGCCGGCUACGUGCCCAAUACUUCAUACAGCCCUCUGCUCGAUAACAAGGCCACCGAAACUUUUGACGACGAAGACCGGCCGCUUAUCGAGGCUUUACUGGCGAUGCGAUCUGAAUUAGCAAAUGUUCAGACCGCAGUAGACAAACAAGCCGUAAUUGCAGCGAAGCAAAUUGCCGAGGCUGAAAAGCAGCGUGAUGCUGCCAUUCAAGAAGCUGUUUAUUCUAAAGCCAAGCUGGCUGCCCAUCUAGGAGCAAGUUCAGCAAGCACACCGCAGCUUGAUGGUCCAAGAGACGAUUUUGAAGGAAGGUCUAGUGAGUUGAGCAGGAAGCUUGCAACUGCACUGCACAUCCAGAAAGAUCUUCAGUCACGACUCGAUUCUGUGAAAAGCGAACUUGAUUCCGAGAAGAAGGCACGACAGCUGGCAGAUGACACCUCGAAUGCAGCCCAAAAGCGCAUGGCAGAAUUAGAAAGUUAUAAACAACAAACCUCGACAGAGGUUGAACGCCUCAAGGCUGAACUGCAUCUUGCCCAGCACGAAGCACGAGAGCAUUCAGUUGCGCACGCUGAAGUUGCCGCUGCUGUUGAACUUCUCCGCAUCGAGAAGAAUGAUGUGCAACAGAAGUACGAAGAAGCCAUUGGAAGCUCAAAGGACCACAGUGAAACCUUUGAUUCCCUUCGAGCUGCAAUUUUAGCAUCAGAAGACUCGACAGGCCUUCUGGAAUCGAAGCUCGCGGAAGAACGAUCCCAGAGAGAGAAGAUCGAAGCGCAACUCAAUAAGCUUAAGUUUGAGCAUGAAGCUCGUACUGCGGAGCUAGUAGCAACCACCCAGCGUCUACGUGAUGCGGAAGAGCUUUCAGAAAAACACGCGGCUGAGGCUAGAACGAACCGUCAAGCUGUUCUCGCUGGCCUUGAUAAAAUUUCUGCUCGAGAUGUUUCUGGAUCAAGCAAGGCAGAUGCCGAGCGCAUUGCUGCGUUGCAAAAUCAGCUCACCACCUCGAACGAAUUGGUCAAGAAAUCUCAACAGGAGCUCGAGGCUGUUGUUCACAAGUUACGUGGCGCAGAAGAACGUAUUGCUGGUCUUGAGCAAUACCAAGAACAGUCAAGCCGGGAGGGAGUCACCAUUCGAAGGCAACUUCAAUCUGCGCUGCGUGAUACACAAAGCUUACAGGCAGCCAACACGGAUCUUAAGAAUCAAUUGGCCGCUCAACAACUUGAAACAAACGCGAUGACGGUUCAGCACAAUGCGCUGAAAGACAUCCUCAGUGAACGUGGCAUAAGCCCAACGGCUUCUAUUCGUGCUCGGAAUCUUCCCAACCCACGAACGAACUCGCCUGAUUUGAACCGUGUCAGAGAUCUUGAAUCUCAGCUCGCCACCUCAUCAGCCGCUCACGAGGAGACUAAGCAAGCAUUUGCAAUUCAAAUUCAGGAAUCCGAGGCUGCUUGGCGUGAGAAGCUUUCGCAACUUGAAAGCGAUUAUCAGUCGGCUGUGCACUAUGUUAAAGGCACUGAAAAGAUGCUCAAGCAGCUCAAGGAUCAAUUAUCCCGAUAUAAGACAGAGAAUGGCCGUCUGAAGACAGAGAUUGAGGAGUUGGAAGACCGUGUUCAAAGUAGCACAGCCUCUACCUCGCCUCGUUGGGAGAACGAGAAAGCCGAACUCGAGGCGCGUAUUCGAAGUCUCGAGACAGAGCUUCAAGAGUCUUCUGCUCAAAUGGAGAAGCGACUCCUCGGUCUUCAAACAGAACUCCAGGAGACCAAUCAUCACCGCGAAGCGGCUUUAAAGAACAGCGAAGCGGCUACACAGAAGUUGAGCAACCAUCGUAAGGAUCUCGAACAACUACAAUCAGAGAAUGCGCUGCUGGAGCAACGCGCUAGCGAUGCUGAACAGAAGGUCGCCCUUCUACUAGACCAAGUCGAGCACUCUGUCGAUAACUACCGCCGACGCAGCCGUCAAGUGCCAAGCUUGAACUCCGAGAUGGCUGCAAGUGCCAAUGGGUUAGGACUGGGGCAUUCGAGGCAAGAAAGUUCCGAAGGUGAAAGUAUUUACGGAGGUACCACCGGUGGGAAUGGUGGUCUGGAGGCUAGAAACAGUGCUGCCUUGGACAGCCUUGCCAAUGAACUCGAGACCCUUCGAAGCCAAUGGGAAGCAACAAACAAGAACUAUCGACUGAGCACCAACUUUGAUUUCGACACUACCUCGGCUGUCAAGAAGGACAACGAUACCGCUGCAGGCGUUGGCCUUAGCGAGAGCCUUGCGGAUUGGCGCAAAAGACUCGAUACUGAGGAACACCACAGUGAUGGCGAAAAGCCCCGACAUCCCUAA